UGUCACGUGUGGUUAACGCCCGUCUAUUUGGUGCUGGUUUUUGGUGCCGUUUCGGCGGCGAUUGUCUUAUACCGUGUCUUCACAUUCAACGACUGUCCCGACGCUCACCGCGAGCUCAAGAGACAGAUCACCGAAGCCACUGAUGAUCUCCGGAGGAAGGGAUUCAAUGUCGGCCAAUGUGUGGCCAAAUCGGACGCAAAUAGUAUUAGUGUCCGAAUCGGUGGCAACGAGUAUAUCGGCGCCGAGAAAGUGGUUUUGGAUCAGACUAUCGGCGCCUUUACGGGCAUUCCGUACGCGAAACCACCCCUAAGGGAGCUUCGGUUCCGGAAGCCAUUGCCGAUCGGCACGAGUGGUGUGAUUGCGGCCAACGAGUGGCCCGACGCGUGUCCGCAGUCGGACCUGAGUCUCAAACAGAGCGAAGACUGUCUCAAACUGAACGUAUGGACGACAGACACGACCGCAUCCAAGCCGGUGAUGGUAUGGCUUCACGGCGGAGGCUUCACGUGGGGCGCCGGCCAUACGGGGGAAGUGUUGUCGGCGGCCACAGACGUAGUGGUGGUCACCAUUAACUACCGGUUGGGAGCGCUCGGGUUUCUGCGCGCCGAUCGCGAGGACGCGCCCGGAAAUCAGGGUCUCUGGGAUCAGACGCUGGCGCUCGAGUGGGUGAACGACAAUAUCCGGUACUUCGGCGGCGACGACAAACGGAUCACACUAUUCGGCUUCAGCGCCGGCAGUCGUUCAAUAAGUAUGCAUUUGUUGAGCCAACACUCGCGACACCUGUUCCGCAACGCCAUAAUGAUGUCCGGAUCGGCUCUUUCGCUGCUCAGCAACUCAGACAAGACGUACGUCCGCGACGUGUAUUUAAAACUGGCCAAAGCUGUCGGCUGUCAACCCGUGUCGACCACUUUUACCGACGACGUGAUGAAGUGUUUGCGAGACAUCCCACCGGAACGGCUGGUGUCCGCUCAACACUCGCCCGAAGUGCUUGACUCGGAGUUCGCGUUCUUCCCGAACAUUAUUUUUGGCGACGAGUUUAUGGCCGACAGUCCGCUGACCGCUGUUUCCCAUAAGGAGACCAAAAAGAAGAUCAAUUUACUGUUGGGCACCACCGAUGACGAGGGAAGUUGGAUAUUGAAUAGGAUUAGUGGCGAGAAAUUCACAAAACCUUUGACAAAAACCGAUGCCAUCCGUCAAAUGCAGGCCAUAUACGAUGACCUCAAACUUGAGUCUCCAAUUGAUGGCCAAUCGAUCGCAAAGUUUUAUUUGGAGACAAUCCCCGAAGAGGCGAAUCCGGAUGUUUGGUUGAAGACAACGGGCGUAUCGUUGGGUGACUUCUUCAUCACGUGUCCGGCGCUUAAGUUUGCCGAAACUCUACACCAAUCGGAUCCCAAACACAAUAAGAUAUACGGUUAUUAUUGGUCUAGUAAAGGGUCGGGCAAACUGUGCACCGAGUGGGCCGGUGCCUGUCACGGCUCAGAUGUCGGCCCAGCCCUCGGCUAUCCAUUCCUGUCCACGAAGAGCACUAACGCCCAGCGAGAGUUGUCAAUGCAUUUUAUGAAAACUAUCGCACAUUUUGCUCAACACGACCGUCCUCUGGCACAGGAAGGCAUACAAUGGCCUCAUUAUUACGAUAUCGACGGCCUAACUAUUGCCCCGUUUUAUGAAUUUUCCGGCCAUUUGUCCCAUAAUGUGACCAAUUUUGGAGUCGGACUCAAACACAUUAUUUGUCAUCAAAUAUUUAAUAAAUAUUAUAAUAAUUAAGUUUUAAAUCCAAUUGAAUUAGUAUAAUAUAUUGAUAUAAUACGAUUAUGGUCGCAGAAAUAUUAU